AUGCAUGCAAUUGGAAAACCUGUAGUGUUAUUCAAAUCAGGGUUUGUUGUAUGCAAAGAUGCACCUUUCCUUGGAGCUUCUCCAGAUGGGAAAGUUAUUGAUGCAGGAUGCAGUGAACCCUAUGGUCUUGUCGAGGUAAAAUGCCCUGAGACAAAAUACAGGGUAACUCCUUUAGAUGCCUGUUCAGAUCCAAAGUUUUGUUCACAUGAAGUUGCUGGAAUACCACAACUCAAGCAUGACCAUGAUUACUAUGCUCAGAUACAAGGUCAACUAGGAGUAACACAAGCAAAGUGGUGUGAUUUUGUUAUAUAUACUGACAAGGGACUCAGCAUCGAGAGAAUUAAAUGA